CAGUUUCGUGUUUUGGAAUUUUUCAUAGACCAUCAACAAGCCUCCUUGUUACAAGCGUCAUUGUGAAGGGCUGUCCGUGGUCUUCAUUAGGAAAGCAGCAUCCGUUACCGUGUUGCUCUUCAUAUGACGGACAUUUGGGUUCUCACUCAGGGAUGCCAUGGCGGAAGGAGCAGACCAAGGACCUGCAGCAGAUACUCAGGAAAGUUGACAAGGAGAUCCCCCUGGUUCUGGUCAGUGGUAACCACGACGUGGGCAACGUCCCCACUGCCGAGACCAUCGAGGAGUUCUGCCAGACUUGGGGAGACGACUAUUUCAGCUUCUGGGUUGGAGGCGUCCUGUUCCUCGUCCUCAACUCCCAGUUACUGUACGACGCCUCCAGGUGCCCUGCUCUGAAGCAGGCCCAGGACCAGUGGCUGGACCAGCAGCUGAGACUCGCGGAGCAGAGACACUGCCAGCACGCCGUCAUCUUCCAGCACAUUCCACUGUUCCUGUGCAGCAUCGAAGAAGACGAUGACUACUUCAACCUCACCAAGUCCAUUCGGAAGGAGAUGGCGGACAAGCUCAUCAAAGCAGGUAUCAGAGCCGUGUUCUCAGGCCACUACCACAGGAACGCCGGGGGUACCUACCAGGACCUGGACAUGGUGGUGUCAUCAGCCAUCGGGUGCCAGCUGGGCAGAGACGCCCAUGGGCUCCGCGUUGUGGUGGUCACUGCUGAGAAGAUAAUUCACAGGUACUACAGUCUAGAUGAGCUGAGUGAGAAAGGAAUAGAAGACGAUCUGAUGGAUUUGUUGAAGAAAAAGUGAUUCUUUAUGAUCUGUUCACUUUUCACUUCCACUGUUCUUUAUUUUGCCACAAAUAGCUGCAUACAACCCCUUGUGAAAUAUAAAAGCAGACCAGGCAAGCUGGUGAAUUAAUGUCCUUUUAUACAAAUCCGACAGCUAGGUCCUAUCUUGAAUUAUAUUCAAAAUAGAACUGCACUCUGGAAAUAAUUUUUUUUAAUGAUACUGUGUAUUGAACUGUCUCUGCACAGGUGUUUGAAUAAAUUCUCCUAAUGGUGUGUUUCUCAACUCUGCAUUUGAAUUGCAUUGUUUUCUGGUAGAAUAUGAUCAGUGUCUCCCCAUGGACCUCAAUUCCAACCUCAAAUCCAAGUGUGAGCUUUGAUAAUUCCUUGAACAACCUGUAUCUGAUUGUACUAAAUUGUGGUCAUGAUUCCAAAGAUGCUAAGCAAAGCACAGGUCAUCUCCUUCCUCUCUAACAAAACAAACGGCCGUCUCUCCCAUUCCCAGACCCGUGCAGACUUGUUUUAACAAGGAGGCCAGGAGCCAACGUUUGCUAUUAAAUUCUGAGACUUCUAUUGUUGCUGAUGACAGGAACACAGGACAGUUGAUACAAGUCAGGUCUGGAAAAUGCCUUCCUGGUGCCUGGAAGAGUCAUCUUUACACAAUAAAUUGGUCAUUUAUGAAAAUCUCAUCCGAGAGACCGAAACCAACACCCUAAAAUGCUGCCCAUAGUGCCUCUUGGAAGCGUAUUUUGAGUUGGUUCACAUUUACAUUCUGGCGCCAUGGCAACUCCACAGAUGGGUGGCUUUGUGGGAUGGGAAUGCCCUCCAAAUACAAGACGCUUAACUGUGUCUAUGGUGACAGAAAGAGUGGGAAUUUAUGCAGAGUUCUCAAAAGAAA